ACUUCGAACCUAACCUGACCUAACCUCGUCCAAAAUUGAACUCUAUUGUUGCAGAUCGCGCCUGCGUCGCGAUUUUGUUCGGUUUCGAUUCUAGGACUUUUUUCCCGGAGACGGUGUUUUGUUUCGCACAGUGCCGCCGAUUGUGAGCGUUCAAAUAUGCCGCCACUCGCGAUAUAUUUGCGUAUAUACUUAUAUGUUUCGGCGAAACGUCGCGCAUUGGUCGAUCGAGUCGAUUUGUUAUUAGUUGCGCAAAAUGAGAGAUCGCGCCUCGUCAACGAUGACAUCGGAACCGCGUAUUGUUCAACGCGAAUUCGGCAAAUUCACUUUGAGCCACGGAUGGAUUCAGUGCCGAUCCAGACGUUAUCCCAAGAGAUUGUACUUCCACAACGUACGCAGCGGGUGCAAUACCUGGUACAGACCCGUCUCGCGACACGUUAACGUCCCGACUAUUUGUGUAAACACGCAGGAUAUGUCUAAUGAAAACAAUGUGACAGAAAAUAGCUUAGAACUCGUGUCGAUGUCGGACGACGAAAAACAACCCAAGAUCAGACGGAAGUCGCACGUGGUGAUUACCGAGCAAAAUCGCGAAACUUCUGACGAUUGUUACGCGCUGCAGGUGGGGUUGACCGUCGACGCGACGGACGAUUCGUACGAAUCGGACGCGUCGACGACGUUCCAAUGGGAAACAACCGAGUGUUUCAUUAAAAACAAACGGAAUGUCGACGCGGAGAACAGCGACGACAGCGAUUCGUCUGAACGGACACGUUUGCCGUUGCACGACAUGAAGUCCUACAGAAAGAAGAGAAUCACGGUGUCACCUGUUCUCACGUCGUCGCGUCGCCGUCGCGUCGUCUCACGUCCGAGAAGAACCGACGGAAAUCGAGGUACGGUCAAACGCAAGCUAACUCCUCAUCCCGUCGUCUCCGAGAAUCCCAAGCCCAGAGAAAUCGUUUGCGACAUGUUCGGCGUGAAGACCAUCAAUUAUUUCUACGAGCCGGGCGAAUCUGUGAAUCGGGCGAAACCAAAAGCGCGAUGCUCGAGAUUGAGCGACAGCGACACCGAUGACGAAGUCAAUCAGUCACAACCGCCGAUUAACGAUUCGCGUGCGAGUUUCGACGAAAGUCGAAGUACGUUCAAACGCAGUCGAACUCAUUCCGCUGUUUCUCAGAAUCGCGAGCCUCAAAAAAUUGUUUGCGGCGCGAAGACCGCCAAUUGUUUCGACGAGUCGAACGAAUUGGCGGAUCAGGCGUGCGCGAAACUAAAAGUGCAAUGCUUGAGGUUGAGCGACAGCGACAGCGAUGAUGAUGUCAACGAAUCACCCUCGUUGAGAAACAAAUCGCGGGAACGAAGCGAUUGUUCGUUAUAAGAGAGAGAACUUGCGUCGAUCGUUAAUAAGUGCGAUCUUUACUUUGUUUAUUUAUUUUUUUUUUUUAUAGUUUUGACACAAACGGCUCCAGAAACACAAACUCGCUCUCUUCUUACAAGAGUGUCUCGUUAAAUAAAUUUGUCUUUCAGUUUUGAUAUUCUCUUGCAUUUACUUAUGUUUUUUUGUUUAUUUUGAGAAUUUUUUCUUUUCUUUUGUGUAAUUUUUUGCUAACAAAAUGCGUGCCUGUCACAAGAGAGAGAAUAAUUGAAAGCGAGUUUGGGAUUUUAUACGCCAGCGACGCUUUUGACAGUGUAAUGUUACGAAGACAAAUAAAUUUUGAUGUUUUUUUUUUUUCAAACCGACGCUUAUCUGAUUCUGGCUGUUGAUUGUUUAGGAAGACAGACCAAUUACAGAGAUAAAGAUUUAAUUUUAUAAGAGUGAAUUAUGUUUUCUUUUUUAUUUAUUCGAGUUGUUUUACGUUUCCACGUAAAACGUUGUUUGUGAUAUUUCACGACCAAAAAUAAGAAGUUACUGAUUUUUAUUUUAACUUUCAAAAAAAGAUUAAUUUGUUUUGUUUUCAAGUUUUAUAGAUACGAUUUUAUACCUCAC